GCGUCGCUCCUCUUUUCCCUUGCCUGACACGCGACGCUACUCUGCGCAUGCGCGUCCCCUGCCUGCGGGGGAUGUUGCUCGCUCUGCGCAUGCGCCGCGGCACGGCUUUCUUUCUCCAGCCCGGUCCUCCUGCCGGGCCUUGCAGCUGCCAGCCAUGAACGCGGCGCAGGGCACGGUGGGCAGCGACCCGGUGAUCCUGGCCACGGCUGGCUACGACCACACGGUCCGGUUCUGGCAGGCGCACAGCGGCAUUUGCACCCGGACCGUCCAGCACCAGGACUCUCAAGUAAAUGCUCUGGAGAUCACCCCAGACCGCAGCAUGAUUGCUGCUGCAGGUUACCAGCACAUUCGAAUGUAUGAUCUGAACUCUAAUAACCCCAACCCUGUCAUUAAUUAUGAUGGCGUAAGUAAGAACAUCACUUCAGUUGGAUUCCACGAAGAUGGUCGUUGGAUGUACACGGGAGGAGAAGACUGUAUGGCUAGGAUAUGGGACCUGAGAUCACGUAACCUUCAGUGCCAACGCAUUUUCCAAGUGAAUGCUCCUAUUAAUUGUGUCUGCUUGCAUCCCAACCAGGCUGAGCUAAUUGUAGGUGAUCAGAGUGGUGCCAUUCACAUCUGGGACCUGAAAACAGACCACAAUGAACAACUCAUUCCAGAGCCUGAAGUUUCUGUCAAUUCAGUUCAUAUUGACCCAGAUGCCAGUUACAUGGCAGCUGUCAACAGUUCGGGCAAUUGUUAUGUCUGGAAUUUAACAGGUGGCAUUGGAGAGGAGGUAACUCAGCUAAUCCCCAAGACCAAAAUUCCAGCACACAACCGCUAUGCCCUUCAGUGCAAGUUCAGCCCUGAUUCCACGCUCUUAGCUACCUGUUCUGCAGACCAGACAUGUAAGAUCUGGAGGACUUCAAACUUCUCUCUAAUGACAGAGCUGAGCAUUAAGAGUAACAAUCCAGGAGAAACCUCCCGUGGCUGGAUGUGGGACUGCGCGUUUUCUGGGGACUCUCAGUAUAUUGUCACUGCCUCCUCAGAUAACUUGGCCAGGCUUUGGUGUGUGGAGACAGGCGAGAUCAAGAGGGAAUACAGUGGCCACCAGAAAGCAGUCGUCUGCCUCGCUUUCAACGAUAGCGUGUUGGGAUAACGUGCACAUGUUGGAGAGAAGGGACCACUGCUCAUUCAGUUGUCUUCUCCUGACAAGUAUCCUACCUAGAGUAUGUGUAACAUACAUUUGUAACCUACCCCCCUCUCUGAUAGGAGACGGCUGAAUCUUCAGCAGAAGCUGUAUUCAGCCUGGAAUGAGAACAGCCUUCAGCUUUAAGCAAAGCAAAACUGAAGUAAUCUUAAGUUGAGAGGGGUCCUGGGUGGGAGUGGGACACAGCGCCUUUCACCUCCACUUUGCCUGUUCACAUCCAGCUCAGGUAGUUAGCAACUGGAAGCGGUUCUGUGCAGGUGGGUGUUCAGGGCCUGUGUGAAAUAGGCUGAUGCGCUCAGUCCAAAUCCUAGUGGAUGCACAGCCAAACCCACAAACAUCCAUCACACUUGGCACUAAUUGGUCUCCUUCAAUUUCAGCAGCAAGGCAAAGGACUGGAUGGGCCAUGGAGACUGAAUUCCUCUUACUGCUACAGAGCCUCCCUGCAGCUCAGGGCUGAGGCAGGUUGUGAGGGAAGCUGGCCCUGCAGUGCCUUUGGGGACAGAGAGAGGCCUUCACUCUCCAGGGCUGUCAGUCAGUCAGCAGCAUGACAUCUCCCAUUACUGUUUCAAAAUGCAAUGGAAGAAGCUGGAGAUUGCCCUUGUGACACUGUAUCUUGUUCAAGUCAAAGAGGACCAGUAAACAUCAUCUGGCAGCGUGUACUUGAUUUUUACAUCAUAGUUGGGGCAGGAAGGCACAGUCUUGCAUUGAGGCUUCUGCAGUAUUGAAUAAGCCUCCAGCUGUUGGGGUUGCCUGUGGAUUUUCUGUUAGUUGUAGCAGUGCUACCCCACCCCUGAUGGAUGGAUGUCUGCUCUUAAAGGAUCCUUCCUUCAGAUAGGUGGUUUGGAACGUGCAGUGGCGUGACUAGAGCAGGGGUAAGGAGAGAGAGAAAAUAAAGGAGCUGGGGGUAGGUGCUGCUUUGUAAGUGCCUGAUCGUUUAAUGCACCAAGUACCCUGACUAAUGGACUCAGCCUCGGAUGCCCGUUUUUUGUUAGAAUAAAGCAUUGCCUGUAACGUUUCCUUAGCGUGAAAGGAAACUGCCCCCUUUCCUCACUGGGAACAGACUGAAACAUAGUUGAACAGGGUGCCCAGCUCAGAGGCAUUUUACUCGGCCCCUUUAAGUGCGGUGAAGGUGGCGACAGUGCAGCUCGAUGAGCCCCCAUAUGGCCUCUCCACCACUGACGGUGCAGCGAAAGCCUUUGGGAGUUCCUCUGAUGCAGAGGGGAAGAAACCAGCAGCCUCUCUCGGGUGGAAGCUGGAAUGAAUCAUUUUGAAAGGGGAGCAGAGGAGCAACAACCAUUUCCUCAUUUUGGAGUCACUUUAUUUAAAUCAAUUGCACAGAUUUAGCAGGGGAAUUUUAGACAAACCAUGUUAACUGAUUCAAAACAAAAUCUGUUUUGUUGAACACUUGUACAUGCAGCCCCGAGCCGAGCCUGUCCCCUCCCUCUGUGAUGUAAUUACUCUAUAUGCAUGUCUACAGGGCACAGCCCAGGCAUAGGGUUGUAAAUAAAACGUGUAUAUAUAUUGA